AUGGAUGUAUCUGGCUACGUUCAGCAAGUGCCAAUAGAGGUGCUUAGCAGGAUGUCCAACAGCAGCUUAACCCAGCAGAAUCAGUCUAUGAUGAGGACAGUGCCGGACACCUCAGACAGGCUUCGCUCUAUUCUCAUAACCCUGUACAGCAUUGACCUAGCUGGGGGUACACUUGGUGUCCUUGUGAUGGCUCACCAGUUGAUUCAAAGGAAAUCCCAAUCUGUGAUGAUUAUUAUCAUAAUCAACCUCCUGGUGCUUCACACCCUUCUGUUACUCAGCAUCCCCUUCCGCCUCAGCUAUUACAUUUCACAGGAAUGGAAAUUUGGGACAUUCACUUGCAAGCUAGUAAGUGCCAUCAUCUACCUCCAUAUGUACACCACCUUCACCUUUUAUGUUGCUAUCAUCGUAAUACGUCUCUUUCAACUUGAGUUCAACAAGUGCUACACUACAAUUUGGGUGACAACUGUCUGGAUGCUAGGCACUCUGGUGAUUGCUCCUGUUUUUCUCUCUUACUAUGGCACCUCUAGAACAUACCCUUCCUCUCAAUGCUUUCAGUUCCAGCAGGAGAUGGAAGAGAUGCCCAUGGUGGUACUAAACUACUGCUUGAUCGGAGUUCUGCUGGCAGUUUGUGUUUUGCUCACUAUAAUCCAGUUAUACGUGAUGUGCAGACUGACUGUGAAAUACUGGCUUGACAUCAACUCCCAUGUGGAAUUCAGGGCUCAGGCAAAGAGUUUCUUCUUCACCUUGGUAACAAUAGUGUGUUUUACGCCUCAUCAUGUAUUCAGAGUAUACUAUAUUCAGAAUUUCCACCUGGAUAAAGACCAUAAACUUCUCCCAUAUGAUGAAAUUUUUUUAGCUUUAACAACAAUGUCCUGCUUGGAUAUGUUGUGUUUCAUAGCAGGCAUAGCCCACUGAACUAAGAGCUAUCAGGAAAUCCAACUAACAGUGUGCCAGUACUGGCUCUUGGCAGAAAAAAACUGCGUCAGGACUUUACUGAGCCAGGGAGACUGCUGAGUUUUAAGAU